AUGAUAGAACUUCUUAUAUCCAAAGGUGCAGAUUUAAAUAAAACAUGUGGUAGUCUUUCCCGUACUGCACUUCUUCAUUCUAUUGAACGGGAUAAUGAUAAAAUUGCAGAAUUAUUGAUUCAACAUGAUGCAGACAUUGAAGUAAAGGAUAAAUUAGGAAAGAAUGCUCUUUAUUUGGCUGCAAAAAUGAAAAAUGAGGAGAUUGCAGAUCUUCUUAUAUCACAUGGUGCAAAAACAUGCGAAAAGGAUAAUGAUGGAAUUUCCCCUCUCCACGUUGCAGCAAAAAAGUGUUGUACGAAUGUUGCGAAACUCCUUAUUUUGCAUUCUGCAAAUGUUAAUGAAACAGAUAAUUUUGGUCGGACUCUAUUACAUUUUGCUGCAUCAUCCGGCUGUUUAGAAAUAGUAGAAUUUCUUAUUUCAAAAGGAGCAGAUGUUAAUGCAAAAGAUCACAAAAAAUUACUCCUCUACAUCAAUCAGCGUAUGACAUAG